AAAAUAGGAUCAGUACUUAACAUGUAAUAAAUGCACAAUGGCUUCAUCUGGAAAGGCAUCGAUUAUAUGGAGUUUCUUUAAUCCGAGAUUUCUUAGCAACUAGCCUGUAGUCUGAACUUAUAAUGUAGACACUACAAUGUGUCUGCGGACAAGAACAAAAAAUGUAUACAUUAGUUUGAUAUAUUAGUCAUUGGAAUAUAACAAUCAAGAUGUCUCUGCAAACACAACAGAAUACUCUUCUUGUCAAUAACCUGGAAGUUCCUGAAAUGCUACGGAUUUAAGAAUACCAACAUGAUUAAGAGGAAACAACUUCACUAAGAAUCAUUUUUUCACAUCACAAUGUUUACAAUAACAAUACCCGUGGAUGAUAUCCCGAAGCCUCGGGUGUACGAUCCAGAGAAUCCACCAGACGAUUUCGAACUUGUACAUAAUGCAACCCAUUACAACCAACGUGGUAUGAUAACAGAGCGUCUACCAACACCAGAGAAGCACGCAAUUAUGGAGUUAUCUGAGAGUUUCACAAAAAGGCGAUUGGGAGCGCAACAAAAAAUGCUUACAAGUAUGGCACAACGGUGUCGAGAACAAGAAAUAAAAGAUCUGUCCGGAUCCAUUACUCGUCGAUAUGAACCUCAUUCGGUGCCCCGGAUUGAGAAAAACACAGCAUUCUACAGUACUACUCACACAAUCCAGAAACACAGACUAGAUUCAGACUCUGAGAGUGAAAAAGCUGAAUCGCCAAACGCCACUCCAAGACCUAAUUUCGAGAAAAGUAAAACGUUUUUCCCAACGCGGACUGUUUAUAAAGCCCCAAAAACAAAACCAGAACCGGAAAACUCGCUCCCAUCAAGGAGAUCGAAUCUCCGCAGCUAUUCAUUUAUCCCACAAUCAUCACGUAUCAAAUUCUCUAAGGGAGUUAGACCAGUGGAUGUAUAUGGACGAAAACAACUCAUAUCAUCUCAAAGAAUCAACGGUCCUAUUCAACUGGAUCAUUAUACACAACCAAAAGCGGACCAGUUAGCACCACUGGUGCUGCCCUCUAUUGCCAAACAAAGACCAACACGGUCAUCCCGACAGAAAGGGUCUCGUGUCGACACCUAUAUAACAUCACAGAAAAUAACACUUGGUGAUAAAACAUUGCAAAAGACAACGGAUGGAGUAAAACAAGACGUGGUUGAGGCAACUCAAGCUGACACAGUUGUACAAGAGGGAACUAUUGUCCUCCCGAAUAACACAAACUUGACAAAAGGAGAAAAGCAUGAUGCUACAGAUGAUAAUGUCAUCACAUGAUGGAUACCGUGUAAUAUAAAAUUGUUGUGUAAUAAAACACAUAUUUCUGUCAUGAAAUACGAAAUGUGUAAUUUAAUUCCAAUGCGUGAAGAAAGAAUACAGAGAGGCUAAGAAUCUAGUUAUAAAGUGUACAUAGUGUAAGUCUACUGUAAAUGGUUUGCCAUCCUGCACGUUAAAUUGUCAUUGUCGAAAAUGAGAAUUUUGAUUUUACUUAUAGACUUCAUGCAUUCUGUUUUAUAUAAUAUACACGGUGGGCCAAAAACGUCCAUAUUCAAAUAUUUAGAUAUACCUUUUUUGAAUUGCAAGGAUUUUAAUGAAAAUGUUGCAGGAUAUGCAAGAAUCAAUUUUACAAUUGUUCCUAAAAUGGGGUUAAUGAACCUCUAGGGGUUUUCGAAUAAUACACAUAAACAGACACUAGGGGUCUCCAGGGAAAUCUAGAUUUCUGCGAAUAUUUAUGCAUUUUCAAAAAAAUUUCGAAAUAAAAGAUAGAGACGUUUUUUGGCCCAUCCUGUAUAAAUAAGAUGUCAAAUAUGUCCCCCACCCUCUACAGCAAAACAGUUGAAAGAUGGUACUUAGUUUGAUAUGCCGUUUGAAAGAUCAUACAAAGUUAAAUUAACUCACUAAAUCUCGAGUAUUUGGAAGAACGGUUACCUAUAUUUUCACGAUGUCUUUAAUAAUAGUGUACCCCUUUACAACUGUAAAAUUAUGUCAAAAAAAGUUAAUCUUUUUCACAAUUCAAUUCUUACAAUAAAGUUUUUACCACUUUUCAUAACCCCUCUUUGCUACACAUCCAACCAUAUUCACAAAUU